AUGCCUGCAGAUCAGCAAACAGAUCCUUCACUAAAUCCUAAUUCUGCUGAUUAUCUAAGCAAUAGUGAUCUGAAUGCCACAAAAUUGGUGAGCAUUGAGUUUGAGGGACAAUACUUCAAUGAUUGGAGAAGGUCUAUGAUGAUUGCGCUAUCAGCAAGAAACAAAUUGUGUUUCAUUGAUGGAUCCUUGAAUGAACCAGCAUCAAACUCCACCAAUUACAGAUUGUUGUGCAGGUGUAAUGACUUGGUGAUAUCUUGGAUGCUGGCGUCUCUUGAGCCUAAAAUAGCAAGAAGUGUCCUGUAUCUCAAAACUGCAAGAGAGAUUUGGUUGGAAUUGGCUGACAGAUAUUGUAGAGAAUCUGGUCCUCAGCUGUAUUCAGUACAUCAGCAGUUAAGUUUGUUGGUUCAAGGAGAGGAUGAAGGAAUUGCUAGUUAA